AUGGGGAGAGCAGCACCUUCCUGCGCCGCCGGGGCUGAGCAACGCCGCCGCCGCCGGCUGUACCCGCCGCCGCCGGCCGCCCUGUUUCUCCUCUUCAACGUCGGGCUGCUGCUGCGCACAGGUGACUGCCAGCUGCAAACACCAUGUCGAAUCCAGAAGUGCACCACAGACUUUGUGUCAUUAACUUCGCAUCUAAACUCUGCUCUUGAUGGCUUUGAUUUGGAGUUCUGCAAAGCCCUGCGGGCAUAUUCUGCCUGCACCUAUCGCAAUUCCAAAGUCUGUCGUGGAAACCUAGUUUACCAUUCUGCUGUGCUAGGGAUCAGCGACCUCAUGAGCCAGAGAAACUGCUCCAAGGAUGGGCCAACAUCUUCUACUAACCCUGAAGUUACCCACGACCCCUGUAAUUACAGUGGCCGCAUAGGAGCCAGAGAACUUCGGGGAGGGGAGCAAACCCCUCCUACUUACCUCUUUUGUGGUUUGUUUGGUGAUCCUCACCUUAGGACUUUUAAGGAUCACUUUCAGACAUGCAAAGUGGAAGGUGCCUGGCCUCUCAUAGACAAUAACUACUUAUCAGUGCAAGUAACGAAUGUGCCUCUGGUGCCAGGAUCCAGUGCUACUGCUACAAAUAAGAUAACUAUUAUCUUUAAAUCAUACCAAGACUGCACAGAGCAGAAGGUGUACCAGGCAGUGACUGAUGACCUACCGGCGGCUUUUGUAGAUGGCACAACAAGUGGAGGUGACAGUGACACCAAGAGCUUGCGCAUAGUGGAGAGAGUCAGUGGCAGAUACGUGGAGAUGCACGCCAGGUACAUCGGGGCCACUGUGUUUGUGCGCCAAGUUGGACGUUACCUAACGCUGGCCAUUCGCAUGCCAGAAGAGCUGGCCAUGGCUUAUGAAGAAAGCCAGGACCUCCAGCUGUGUGUGAAUGGCUGCCCCUCGAGUGAACGCAUUGAUGAUAGUGGUCACUUACCUUUGCCCGUUAUGGGGCAGCUUCUUCCACAUGCUGCCUCUACUCAGCCCCGGUCUGUGUACACACUGGAGAGUGCCACUACCAAAUGCCAUGAGAAGAUGCUGGUGAAGGACAUCUAUUUUUACUCUUGUGUGUUUGAUCUGCUCACCACUGGUGAUGUUAAUUUCACAGCAGCAGCUCAUAGUGCCUUGCAGGACGUAGAGGCACUGCACCCCAGGAAAGAGCGCUGGCACAUCUUUCCCAACAGUGGAAAUGGUGAUAUGGGCAAAAAUAGCAAAUUGUCCGUUAGUCUUGGACUUGUGUGCUUAAUCCUUGUUGCGUUUUUGUAG